UCCAAUAUUUGUGCCCCGGAUAUACUGUUCGGAUACGCUGGGUUACGCUGGUGUGAACUAAGGAUGUAUGCCCAUUCCAUAGAUAUUCACGGGUAAAUCUGUCUACUGUUCUGUGUUCAUUCAUGUUAGGUUACUGUGAUCAGCAUAAUAUGGGCAAGGAUGGAGUUUCGGAUCUUCACCGCGUACUGAUUUUCCGUAUUGGAUGUUUCUGGAAUCGUACCCCGCGAAUAGGAAUAAGAUGGCCUGAAACUGCACCUGAGCAACACCAAAGGUUAUGGCAGCCUGGCAGCAGAUCCUAGCCCUGGAUGCCAGAUACAAUGCACUCAGAGUGCCAAGUGAUCCCGGAUUUAGGACUCUGUAUAUUCGUCGUCGCAGUCAACUCCUGAGAGAGGGGGUGAAAGAGGAGUCGGAGCCGACGCUGCGGCGCCAGUACCUGCGCCAGCGGGCGGCACUGCUCACGCAGCGGUACGGCGUGGCGCCCGACCAGAUGUCGGUGCGCUCGCGCAGCGUCAGCACCCAGAGCCACAGCCGCCAGAGCCACAGCCGACACCACUCGGACGUCGAACUGGCGCGCCGCGGAAUGGACUCACCCGCGGCGCCGGGCCGCAGUGCGACCUCCCCCGCCGCCGGCUUGGUGCCGUCCGCCCGCGCCACUGCCUCGCAGGCGAUCGUCGGCGGCGGCUCGCUGGACGACAACUACGCCUUCGCCGGCUUCCUGCACGUCUUUGAUCAGCACCAGCGAGCGGUGACGUGUGUGCGGUUCGCGCACGACGAGCGGUCCCUGCUGGCGUUCGGCUCGCUGGACGGCCGCGUCUCCGUGUGUGACCUGGACGCCGAGGACAAGGUCAAACACCUGCUGACCGGCCACACAGACGGCGUGACCGGUCUGGAGUGGUCCACCUCUAACGACUUCCUGGUGUCGUGUUCACUGGACGCCACGGCGCGGCUGUGGGGCGCCGCCGACGGCCGCUGUCUUCGUGCCGUGGCCGACCCGCACCACUCGCCGCUCGCCUGCGUCGUCUUCCACCCGAUCAACAACAACCUCGUCAUCCUGGGGAACAAGGUGGGCCUGGUGCAGGUGUUGAACGUCUCGUCGGGCCACUACCCGGCCGGCGGCAGCAGCCAGCUGGCGGCGUCGGCCACGGCGCUGGCGGCGCCUCCCACCGGCCCGCUGAUCUGGGCCGGCUGUCAGAAGGGGAUGGUGGUGUCGUUCCGCUGUGACCAGGGCUCGGGCCGGCUGGUCAAGUGCCGGCGCGUGACGGUGUCGGACGGCGCGCCCGUCACCUGUAUCUCCGCCCGCUCGUGGGCCAGCCGCGAGGCCGCCGACAUGUCUCUGCUCGUCAACGCCGCCUGCAACUCGCUCAUGCUGUUCCGGGUGGUGGACCAGGAGGGCGGGCUGCAGCUCAGGCGGCGCUUCAACGUGCGCCACAGCACGCAUGCCAUCAAGUCUUCCUUCUGCCCAAUCAUGUCGUUCCGGCAGGGCGCCUGCGUCGUGUCGGGCAGUGAGGACUGCACGGUGUACCUGUUUGACGUGGAGCGGGAUCUCAAGCCGUGCGUGAACCGGCUGCAGGGCCACUCGGCCGCCGUCCUCGACGUCUGUUUCAACAGGGACGAGUCGCUGCUGGCCACGGCCGACGCCGAGGGCACCGUUAUUGUGUGGAAGCGGCAGCUGUGAUGGCCGCCGGGUAACGCGGGGACGGCCCGGCGUGACGGCGGCGCCACGUGGAAACG